AUGGCUCCCUAUUGCACCAUUAUACCGAAAUAUGUCCUAGAAGGAAUCAUCGAAAAAGGAUUAGCGCCACAGAACAUCAUUAAUCGGUGCCAAUCGACAAUAGAACAAACAGACCAACUCCACAAUGUCCGUGGAAGCUUCAGGCAGAGUAUUGCUGCGGCACAGCAGCAACAGACCUCCCAAGGUAUCAUUCCACCAUACAUCCUUGAAUCAAUUUCUCGCAAUGCUGUAGAUGAACAACAGCGCGAAGCCGCCCGUCACACACUUGCACAUCGUACUGAAGCUCGAGCAGUGGCAGGAAAUGUACGUCGCCUAUACCGUACAGUCUAUGAUGCACAGAAUUCACGCAGAAAUCCUCCUCCAAAGGAUAAGACUGUGCUCAAAGAAGGUGAUGAGCUUAUCUCUGCCACGGCCGAUCCAACCAAUAACGCAAAUGAAUGCUACAUUGGGCUUGGAAAGACAUUCGACUUUUUUUUCAAUUUCUUCAAACGAAAUUCAAUUGACAAUAAAGGCAUGGAUCUUAAUGGUUUUGUACAUGCUGGAGAUCUUUAUAACGCUUUCUGGGACGGGGAACAAUUGGUUUUUGGUGAUGGAGAUGGUGUUGUAUUUAAUGGCUUUACAGAUGAGCUCGAUGUCAUUGGUCACGAGCUUAGCCAUGGUGUUGUGCAGUAUACAAGCCCACUCAACUAUCAAUAUCAAAGUGGUGCUUUGAAUGAGUCUAUUGCCGACUCUUUUGGCAUCAUGGUCAAGCAAUGGGGUGAAGCCACCCCUCAGACCGUUGACCAAUCUAAUUGGCUUAUCGGGGAAGGAUUAUGGGCUAAAGGCAUAAAUGGGAAGGCGCUUCGAGAUAUGAAAAACCCUGGAACAGCCUACAAGGACAAGAAGGUGGGAGAAGAUCGCCAACCUGGACACUGGAGAGAUUUCAAGAGGCUCCCCUUGAGUGACGAUGGUGGUGGCGUCCACAUCAAUUCUGGCAUCCCAAAUCACGCUUUCUAUCUUGCUGCUACUAAGAUAGGAGGAUACGCAUGGGAAGGUGCUGGUCCUAUAUGGUACCGGGCUUUAACUUGCGGAAAGCUUCGAGAAAAUGCUACAUUUAAAGAGUUUGCCGACCUUACCAUCGAGAAUGCUAAUGAGCAUGUGGAUGAAGUCAAGGAAGCUUGGAGGCUUGUCGGAUAUCCGUUUCCUGAAAAAAAUCAUGAGCUCUAG